CAGGUCCUCUUGCAACUGAAGAACAGGUCUAACCAGAUCAAGGGCCAUCUCAUGUGAUAUGCCCCCCACCAAUCAUGUACAAUUUUCUUAGGUGCCUUGGACUCUUUUAAAGAGUGACUGAGGGGGGACUUGCCUCAGUACUGUAGGUGUGUUUGGGGUUCCAAGAGUGAAGCAAGGAGGGUGGAAGGUUGCAGGAAGAACUGAAGAUGGCAAAAGGGGAUAAUGGUGUGCGAUGUUUCCAAGGCUUGCUAAUCAUGGGGAAUGUUGUCAUGGGGUGCUGUGGCCUUGCACUCAUGGCGGAGUGCAUAUUCUUUGUGUCAGAUCAACCAACACUGUAUCCAUUGCUGGAAGCUACUGACAAUGACGACAUCUAUGGUGCUGCCUGGAUUGGGAUCUUCACUGGCUUCGGCUUCUUUUGUCUGGCUGUCCUUGGUAUUGUUGGUGUCGUGAAGUCAAACAGGACAAUGCUGCUGGUGUAUAUCAUCUUGAUGAUGAUUGUCUUUGCCUUUGAAGUUGCAUCUAGCAUCACAGCAGCAGUGCAUCGAGACUUUCUUACUCCAAAUCUCUUCCUGAAGCAAAUGCUGGAAAAAUACCAGAAUCCAGAUCCCAUCAACAAUGAUGACAACUGGAAGAGUGAGGGUAUCACCAGGACAUGGGAUCGUCUCAUGUUGCAGAAUAAAUGCUGUGGUGUGAAUGGCCCAUCAGACUGGCAGACGUAUACCUCCGUUUUCAGAAAGGUGAACAGUGAUGCAGAUUUCCCCUGGCCACGUCAGUGCUGUGUAAUGGAUACCCUAGGAAAGUCAAUCAACUUGGAUGGCUGCAAAUUGGGGGUGUCUGGCUAUUACCACAACACAGGCUGCUAUGAAACCAUUGCUGGUCCAAUGAACAGACAUGCUUGGGGUGUUGCCUGGUUUGGCUUUGCCAUUCUCUGCUGGACUACUUGGGUCCUUCUUUGUACCAUGUUCUACUGGAGCAGAAUCGAAUAUUAAAGAACCAGUAUCCUACCAACCUGUCCACCUUGAAGUCACUUUUUUUUAAAAAAAAUGUGAUGUCUGUGUAAUAUAUUUCCCUCUAAGGAAGUUCUGGAGAUCUCUCAGUCUUUCCUUCUCUUCAGUGCAGUGCUCUCUGCUUCUCUGUCCCCCUCCUCGUUUCAAAUAUAAUAGGUAUAAAACCUGCAAUGUGGAAAAUGGGUAGUUCCCUUUAAUCUCUGUAUUCCAAAACUUUUGAUGCAUUAAAACAUCAUUGGAUGGGAUAUGCUAUGCCCAGAGAGAGCAACAGCAAAGGAACUGGCUCCAAAUGCACCAACCAAUUUGAAGCCUAUUUUAUGUUUCAAGAUGUAACACUCCAUCAAGUAUUAUAGUUUUCUCUGCUUUAUGAGCAUGUCAGCUCUUUUUUCUUUUGUAAUGUUUGAACUAUUUUAAUGGACCAGUCAUCUACUUACAAGUAUACUACUAAACAGCAAACAACUUUAUCUAGGAAUUGAUGUAUGACAAACUAGAACAUUUGGGUGAUAGCCAGUGUUAGUCAUACUCAGAGGAGACCUGUUGAAAUCAGUUUGUCUACUCUGAGUGUGACUAAGACUCCAUCUGCACUACACAUUUAAAGCAGUAUUGUAUCACUUUAAACAGUCUUGGCUUCCCGAAAGAAUCCUGGGAACUGUAGUUUAAGGAUCCUGAGAGUUCUUAGGAGACUCCUAUUUGCUUUACAGAGCUACAAUUCAUGGAGUUCCUUGGGAAGAGGGAUUGACUGUUAAAACCACUUGGAGAAUUGUAGCUCUGUGUGGGGAAUAGGGUCACCUAACAACUUUCAGCACCCUUGACAAAUUACAGUUUUGAGGAUUCUUUAGGUGACGCCAUGACCGUUUAAAGUGGUAUGAUAUUACUUUAAAUGUAUAGUGCAGAUGGGGCCUUAGUCGAGUAUUACCAAGACUGAAUUGGGUUAAGUCUGUUUUGUUGCAGUGAUCAGUGAACUACAUGUGUGAAGCUGUUCUUCAUGGCUACCUCUUUCAGCUGAUCACUGGUAUGCACACCUUUUCCUGUGGUACUUUAGCCAGCCCACGUAGUAUUUGUCAAGUAGUUUGUGCUUAGGAGAGCUUUUUUUUAAAAAAAAGCAACAGAACUGAGCAGUAGAAGAAUUCAAUAUUUUAUUCUGCUCUUGAAUUAAAUAUGCUGUUGCUAGAAUUCACUAGCAGGCCAUGGUUAUUAAUUUGACAAGAGAGCAAAACUGGUUAUACGAGGAAUCUUUUAAACUGGCCCAUUCUGAUAUUUUGUACUACAUACAUCAAGUUGUGUGCAUUUUUGUAAUAUUUUGUUCCUUGUACAGAAUGUUUUAAGAUGAAAACCUCCUCUCUCUCUUUUCCACAAGUAAGCUCCAAGAACAUACCACCUGCUCUGUUUCAGAGUUCAUGUAUAUUUUGUUCUUCAAAUCUUCAAUAAUAAAGUGGAGUUUGAAAAAGAAAGACAAACGUGUUUAGGACAAAUGGAGCUUUGUCUCAAAUAUGAUCCAAGGAAAUUGAUUGUAUAUUCUAAGUGUCUAAUUUCACCCCUGGUGUUCUUUAUGCUGAAGAAUCGGAAUGAAUGCACAUUUGUGCUGGAGGGGAA